CAAGUUGAUAUCAAAACAUUUAAGUUGAAAUGAUGUAUUGAAUAUAGUAAAUUUUUGUAAUCACUUGCCAGAUAUUAUUUAUUCGACUGUAAUAAUAUUAUGUACAUUGUCCAUAUUAUUUAUUAUCUAAAUAACUGUAUACAUUUUAUGGUUAAUUAACUUCAGGAUGUUUAAUAAAACGACAUAAAAUUCCGUUAUCAAAUAACAAUAACGACUACUAUCAAAUACUAGACUUCAAUGUCGGAAUUACUGUGGAGUUUUAUGGGAAACAGUUUAAAAUAAUUGGCGUCGAUAGUUUCACAAGAGAUUUUUUGAAAAAAGCAGGUGUUGAUGUACCCGAAAACAUGUCAAUGCCCGUUGACCCAUAUUUUACUAGAAGAGAAAAAGUAAUACUAAUAUUCUUUAAUAUACUAACCAUAAUUAUUAUGACUGUUUGAUAAUAGAUAUGAUUAUUAGUUAUUUUUAUACUUUUAAUGAAUGUAUUGUAUUUCAAAUAAUGAAUAUAGACACCAAAAAAAAAACAACCAACGAGCAAAGUAAUGGCACCCGCCUAUAAACAAACUCAAGGAUUCGAAGGCAUUUUAAAUUUUAAAGGUUUUUGGGACGAUCGUUAUAAUGUCGAUGGUGACUUACAUAAUUUGGAAGUUCGAUACUUUUUAGCGGACGAUACAAUGCAGAUUGUUGAACAUAAUUCAGAUGGAGGUUUUAAGACAUUUCUCAAAAGACAAAAACUUCCAAAAGAUCGAAUUUAUGUAAAACCACCGGGUUUUAGUGAACAAAAUGAUUUAUUGAAUGUUUUGGCCAUAAAUUCUAUGAAUCAAUGGUAUGCUUUUGAUCCUUUGGGAAAUUUGAGUGAUGCUCAAGACUGUUAUUAUCAUUGGUCGAAUCUACAUGUGGGAGCUGAAAUUGACGUUUAUAGCCGAAAAAUAGUCUUGUCUGGUUGUGACGAGUUUACCAAGCAAUAUUAUUCAGAUUAUGGUUUGAAUAAUUUUCCUUCUGCAAUUGACUCUCCAAAAGUAAUAGAAGAAAAAGAAAAAUCGACUGUCCAAACCACACCAGUGUGUCACGAUGAAAAUGUUUUAAAUAAACUACUUAGUCAUUCAACAAUGGAAGCCUUAGUUUUUAAAGCAAAAAUUCUACCUAAGGAACCGAACAAUUUAAAUCGAGAAUUUAUCGUAAAAUGUUUUCUAAGCGAUCAAAGUUUUUCUGUUUCCGAAAUGAAUAUACAAACGGCUGGUGCAAUAGGUUGUAGAUUCUUUUCAAAACGAAAAAUUCCAAAAAAAAGUCCAAAUGAAUUUAAUGUAAUAUUUAAACUAUACGUUGGUGUCAAAUUGAUCAUUGAUGGUUUCCAAUUUGUGUUUGUUGAUGUAGAGGAUAGGACGUUAAGGUUUAUGAUGGAUCAUCCAAAAGAAGUGAGUUUGAAUUCUGUGCAUACUAUGGUUAAAAAUCCAAAAUUUAUUAAAAUAAACUUUUAA